AUGGCAAACUCUCCUCACGGUGGUGUCCUCAAGGACCUCAAUGUCCGCGAUGCCCCCAUUGCCGCACAGCUCCUCGCAGAGGCCAGCACCUUGCCAGACAUUGUCCUCACCGAGCGACAGCUAUGUGACUUGGAGCUGAUCCAGAAUGGUGGCUUCUCACCUCUGGAGGGUUUCUUGGGUGAGGCCGACUACAGAAGUGUCUGCACAGACAUGCGUCUGGCCAACGGCGGUGCUCUCUGGCCCAUGCCCAUCACCCUCGAUGUCUCCAAGGAGCAGGUACAGCAGCUCGGUCUCCAGUCUGGCGCCCGUGUCGUCCUCCGAGACCCUCGUGACGACAACGCCCUCGCCAUCCUGACCGUGUCCGAUAUCUUCCCCGUCGACAAGGCCUUUGAGGCAGAGCACGUCUUUGGAGCCAACGACCCUGCCCACCCUUCCGUCACCUACCUGAUCAAGAACGUCAAGGACUUCUACGUCGGUGGUAACAUUCAGGCCAUCUCCAAGCCUCAGUACUACGACUACGUCGCCCUACGAUUCACCCCCGCCGAGCUCAGGCAGCACUUUGCCAAGGUCGCAUGGCGCAAGGUUGUCGCUUUCCAGACCAGGAACCCCAUGCACAGGGCUCACCGUGAGCUCACUGUUCGAGCUGCCCGCCAGAGGCAAGCCAAUGUUCUCAUCCACCCCGUCGUUGGUAUGACCAAGCCGGGAGACGUUGACCACUACACCCGUGUCCGCGUCUACGCUUCCCUCAUGCCUCGGUAUCCCAACGGUAUGGCCCACCUGGCUCUGCUUCCUCUCGCCAUGAGGAUGGGUGGUCCCAAGGAGGCCGUCUGGCACGCCAUCAUCAGGAAGAACUUUGGUGUCACCCACUUCAUCGUCGGUCGUGACCACGCUGGACCUGGAAAGAACUCGCAAGGAAAGGACUUCUACGGUCCCUACGAUGCUCAGGAGCUCGUGACAAAGUACACUGCCGAGCUGGGUAUCGAGAUGGUUCCCUUCCAGCAGAUGACAUACCUGCCUUCCACCGACGAGUACCAGCCCGCCGACGAGGUCACCCCCGGCACACAGACUCUGGACAUUAGCGGUACUGAGCUGCGAAGGAGGCUGAAGAGCGGUGCUCCUAUCCCCGACUGGUUCUCAUACGAGUCGGUUGUCAAGACGCUGCGAGAGUCGUAUCCUCCCAAGGCCUCGCAGGGCUUCACCAUCUUCUUCACCGGUCUCUACGGUUCUGGCAAGGACGAUGUGGCCAAGGCUCUGCAGACUCGCCUGAACGAGCAGGGUGGACGCUCCGUCUCUCUGCUUCUCGGUGAGACUGUCCGAUCUGAGCUCUCUGCCGAGCUUGGCUUCUCGCCCGAGGACCGUCACAAGAACAUUCAGCGAAUCGCCUUUGUUGCCGCUGAGCUCACCCGAGCUGGCGCAGCUACCCUCGUAGCUCCCAUUGCCCCUUAUGCCGCCUCGCGAGCUGCCGCCAGGCAACUCAUCAACUCCACUGGUGGCUCCGGAAACUUCUUCCUGGUUCACAUCUCUACUCCUCUCGAGGUGUGUGAGAAGCAUGACCGAAAGGGUGUGUACAAGAAGGCUCGUGCGGGAGAGAUUCAGAACUUUACCGGUGUCAGCGACAAGUACGAGGAGCCUACGGAUGCCGAUGCUACUUUCGACCUGAGCAAGGUGACUGUGGCUGAGGCUACACACGGAUGUGUACUGCUCCUCGAGGCUGCUGGACUGGUCUGA